AUGUCUGAGAAAUACGACGACCACACGCUAGAUGGUGAGAAGCAUGCUGUCGACGUACAGCUUGGAGAGUUCAUCGAUCCUGCUAGGGAGAAGAAGCUCCUUGCCAAGUUGGACCUAGCAUUGGUUCCCAUCAUCAUGUUGACCUACUUAGCCUGUUUCCUUGAUCGCAGCAAUAUUGGAAACGUCAAAGUUGCUGGCAUGCCCGAAGACAUUGGUGCAAGUGCAGAGCAGUUCUCGACAGCUGUGUCAAUCUUUUACGCCACAUAUGUUCUGUCAGAGACGCCAUGGGCUGUUCUUCUGAAGAAGUUUACCCCGAAGUAUACGAUUGGUGGGCUUUGCGUCGUCUGGAGUUUGACGACGAUCUUCAGCGGUUUCAUCACCAGCGUUGGUGGUCUCUAUGCCGCUCGCCUCAUUCUUGGAGCCUGUGAGGGAGGUCUGUUCCCGGGUCUGAACUUGUACCUGACAAUGGUCUACAAGAGAGAAGAGAUGGCUAAGAGAGUGGCUUAUCUUUUCGUUUGCACAGCUCUCGCAGGUGCAUUCGGUGGCCUUCUUGCAUACGGUAUCCUUCAGAUGGAUGGCGUGUCUGGCCUUGCUGGCUGGAAAUGGGUCUACAUUAUCGAGGGUAUCUUCUCGGUCGGGGUAGCAAUUGUCGUAUUCGUCUUCUUGCCCAACGACCCCAACAACGCUUACUUCCUCAACGAUGACGACAAGCAAUUGAUGCAAGUUAGGGCGAGGCAGCGCGCAGCCUACAUGGGAUCCGAACAUUUCAGCUGGGCAGAAGUGAAGAUUGCUCUUACUGAUCCCAAGGUCAUCCUGAGUGAUNUCUGUCAGGACAUCCUCUUAUACGGCUUCUCGACCUUCCUACCAAGUAUCAUCAAGUCGUUGGGUUACAAUUCCCUUCAAGCCCAAUACCUUACCAUUCCGGUAUACAUAUUCGGUGGUCUCGCGUUCAUGAUUGUUGCUUGGUUCUCCGAUCGCACAAGCAUUCGUGGGCCACUUGUAGCAUUUGCCAACAUCUUCGGUAUCAUCGGCUAUGUCUUGAUCAUCUGCCCGACACCGCACGGCGUCAAGUUCUUGGGCACGUUCCUCUGCGCUGUCGCUGUCUACAAUGGACCAGGACUGAACAUGAGUUGGCUGAAUGUCAACGUGGCACCACAAUAUCGCCGAGCAACCGCAAUUGGCUUCCAACAAACUAUCGGCAACACUGCAGGUAUCGUUGCUGGACAGAUCUACAGGAAGAGCCCUUAUGUCCUUGGCAACUCGUUCUCGCUCGGAGCUCUUGGUGUUGCACAACUUUUGAUCGCUUGCAAGUGGCUUUACCUGAGGCACUGCAACAAUGUCAAGGAUAAAAUCGCGAACGGUGAUGCGGACACCAGGAAGGUGCAGACUGGAGAUGCUGCUAUAGACUUCAAGUACCAUCUGUAG